UGCCCAAUGAAACUCACGAUGAGGGCGAACCAUGUGGUGAUACUGUCCGUCUACAUCCUGACGUUCCUGAUUGGCCUUCCCGCCAGCAUCCUGUCCCUCUGCGCCUUCAGCGUUAAGGUCCGGAGCAAGGCCACGCCCACCAACGUCCUGCUGCUCAACUUGACGGUGUCAGACCUCCUCUUCCUCCUCUUCCUUCCGCUGAAGAUGCACGAGGCUGCAUCCGGCAUGCGCUGGGACCUGCCCUACUUCCUGUGCAGCGUCACUUCCUUCUUCUUCUUCUCCACCAUCUACACCAGCUCCCUCCUGCUGAUGGCCGUCAGUGUGGACCGCUACCUGGGCGUGGCCUUCCCCAUCCGCUACAAGCUGCUGCGCAAGCCCGUCUAUGGGGCGUUGGGCGGCGCCUUCGCCUUUGUCUUUGGCUCCGGCAGUUGCAGCAUCGUCUUCUUCACCCAACACCUACUGCCAGGCAACACGCCAGGCAACACCUCCGUCUGCUACGAGAACUUCACGGCGAGACAGCUGGAGGUCCUGCUCCCUGUGCGUCUUUAUUUGUUCUUCGUCCUCUUCCUCGUCCCACUCCUGGUCUGCACCUUCUGCUACCUGAGCUGCAUCCGUCUCCUGUACGCCCGGCCACGCAUCUGCAGCAGGAAGCGGCAGAAGGCCGUGGGCAUGGCCCUGGGCACGCUGCUGGUGUUUGUGGUCUGUUUCCUGCCCUACAACCUCUCCCACCUGCUGGGCUACCUGCAGGGAGACAGCCCCUCCUGGAGGUACUACACCCUUCUCCUCAGCACCGCAAACACCUGCCUGGACCCCAUCAUCUUCUACUUCUCCUCCUCCACCUUCCAGGCCACCAUAAAGCACUCCCUCUACAGGCUGAUGGGGCGCCGGCACCAGCCCAAAUCAUCAACAAAUGAUGCAGUCAGAGCCAAGAGGGCUGAGCCAGAUAUAGCCUUGGAAAUCACUUUCAUCAACGACAAACCGGAUGGUGAACUCCUUAUUCGUAUGCCAGUAAAUGAAAAGUUGUGA